UUUAUGUUUGAAAACAGAUCCCCCUCACCUUUUCCCUCCUUCAAAUCUCCACUCUUUCUCGCUCUCACUCUGGCUCACACCGAAAAUGAACCUCACUGAACUCUAAUCUCUCUGUUCGAACAGCAACAACUCAGGAACCAAACCCCUUAUACAGCGAUGCAGGACAUUUUCGGAUCGGUUCGCCGAUCCCUGGUGUUCCGGACCCCAGGCGGCGACGACGGAGGGUUUGCCAGUGGCCUGGUCGAGAGGAUCGGCUCCUCCAUCCGGAAAUCGCGAAUCGGACUUUUCUCGAAGUCUCCGGUCCGAGCGCUGCCUCCGGUCCCCAAGGACGACUCGUCGCCGAUCCGGUGGCGCAAGGGUGAGUUGAUCGGCUGCGGCGCGUUCGGUCGGGUCUACAUGGGGAUGAACCUCGACUCCGGAGAGCUGCUCGCCGUGAAACAGGUUUCGAUUGCGGCGAAUAAUGCUUCAAAGGAGAAAAUACAGGCUAACAUUAGGGAAUUGGAGGAGGAAGUGAAGCUGCUGAAGAAUCUGUCACAUCCAAAUAUUGUUAGAUAUUUGGGAACUGCUAGAGAGGACGAAUCGUUGAAUAUUUUGUUGGAAUUUGUCCCGGGUGGAUCUAUAUCAUCACUAUUAGGGAAAUUUGGAUCCUUCCCCGAGUCUGUUAUACGAAUGUAUACAAAACAAUUGUUACUGGGUCUUGAAUACCUUCACAAGAAUGGAAUUAUGCAUAGGGACAUCAAGGGUGCAAACAUUCUUGUCGAUAAUAAGGGAUGCAUUAAGCUUGCGGACUUUGGUGCAUCCAAGAAAGUUGUUGAGCUGGCUACUAUAAAUGGUGCCAAGUCGAUGAAGGGUACUCCAUAUUGGAUGGCUCCUGAAGUUAUUCUUCAGACUGGGCAUAGCUUCUCUGCUGAUAUAUGGAGUGUUGGAUGUACUGUGAUUGAGAUGGCUACAGGAAAGCCUCCAUGGAGUCAACAGUAUCAGGAGGUUGCUGCCCUCUUCCAUAUUGGGACAACUAAAUCUCAUCCACCCAUCCCUGAGCAUCUCUCCACCGAGGCAAAGGAUUUUCUGUUAAAAUGUUUACAGAAGGAACCUGACUUAAGGCCUACUGGAUCAGAUUUGCUGCAGCAUCCAUUUGUCACUGGGGAAUAUUGGGAAUCUCAUGCAGUUGGUAGUUCAGUUAUGGUCCGUACAUUUGCAGAAUCUGGAAACCAGAUGGUAACACCUGGGAUGAAUCUUAAGAACUCCAUGAACACCGUGAUUAGAAGGUCAACCUGCACAGGCUUAAAGGAUGUCUGUGAAAUGGGUAGCCUGAGGUGCUCAACAGCUUAUCCUCCAAAGUCCUUAAGAGUGGAAUCUUGGGGAGCAAGCAAUCAUGAUGAUGAUGACAUGUGCCAGAUGGAUUAUGACGAUGAACUUUUGGUUGAUGCAUCCAUAAAGCUCAAAUCCAUUUUAAGUUCGGAUGAUGUAAAUAAGAGUUUUAAUCCCAUGUGCGAGCCUACCGACGACUGGCCCUGCAAGUUUGAUGAAAGGAUUGAGUUGGAGAGAAGUGGAGUAGACUUGUCUCCUAGUGCAACAAUCCAUAAGGCUGCUGGCAGCCCUGGAGUAUCAGAUAAGGGGGAGAAUGACUUCACAUUUCCAUGUGGGCUGAUGGGGGCUGAGGAUGAUGAUGAAGUUACAGAAUCAAAAAUUAGAGCCUUCCUGGAUGAAAAGGCUUUAGAUUUGAAGAAGCUGCAGUCUCCUCUAUAUGAAGAGUUCUACAACACAAUGAAUGCAGCUGGUCCUCCUGGUGCGGUUCAAAUGGCAAAUGGUGAAAAAGUUUUGAAUAACUCGAGUUUACCUCCUAAAAGCAGGUCACCCAAUCGAGCACCUAGCAGAAGACUCUCAGCAGUUAUUGAUGCUGCAAAUGGUGCGGGACAUGGGAGCCAUACCAAAAAUCUAUCAAAUGCAAGUGGUGUGCACCAUCGAGCUCUACAAGAAAUUCAGCCACCUCAGGCUAGUGAAUGGAAAGGGGUUUUUCUUGAUGCUCAGCAGGCAUCAUUUGGUCCAAGUGCUAGCUUCUCUGAGAUACAAAGGAAAUGGAGAGAAGAGCUCGAUGAAGAGCUUCAGAGGAAGCGAGAGAUGAUGCGCCAGGCAGGUGCAGGAGGGAAGACACCAUCUCCAAAUCAUCGGAUUCUUAAUCGGCAGAGAGAACGGCUACGUUUUGCAUUCUCAGGCAAAUGAUGCCAUAUAUCUCACCUGUAUCUAUGCCACUGUUCAAUGGGAAAAAAAUUUUGUGGUUUUCCAUUGGGAGUGGUCAUGUAUGUAGUAUCAUUAUUAGUGCAAUGGUGCCAACACAUAUUGGUCACAUUGCAAAAUUUGCGUGAAUAGCAGGCACUGCAAUCUUCCAGAGCAGUCAUGGUGAUUCAGCAGAAAAUAUCUCAUGAACAAGAUCCUCAUAUGCUCCUUUUUUCUUGUGUAUGAUAUUGCGGGAUAUGAAUCACAUUACUUUUU